GUAGAGACCAAGAUCUUGCGAGUGCUCUGGGGUGAGGCCGGAAGAACGCCACCAUGGGCAACACACAGUCUGGCUACCCCCUCACGCGAACAGCGGCGGCCUUAGACUCUUUCGUAUCGGAACUUGGGUCUGACAUCGUGUACGAGAAGAGCCUGGGCACCUCACGAUACCUCAAGACAGUACGAUGCACACACCGCAAUGGUUUCCUAAUAGCAAAGAUAUUCAUCAAACCCGACCCAGGAUGGAGUCUCCGGAAAUACCAGAGGAGACUGAAGAUUGAACGGGAGGCACUGUUAGAUAUUCCAAAUGUAUACAAUUAUCAGACGUUUGUGGAGACGGACAAGGCUGGAUAUCUCAUUCGACAGUGGGUGGCGAGUAAUUUGUAUGAUCGUAUUAGUACACGCCCGUUCCUCAGCUCGAUUGAGAAGAAAUGGAUCGCUUUCCAACUCUUGGCCGCACUUCGGGACGCACGAGCUCAUAAAGUCGCCCACGGAGACAUCAAAUCCGAGAACAUACUCGUAACUUCCUGGAACUGGAUCUACCUCUCCGACUUCGCUUCCCACAAGCCCACAUACCUCCCUCUCGACGACCCCUCCGAUUUCUCAUUCUUCUUCGAUACUUCUGGGCGGAGAACGUGUUAUGUUGCGCCGGAGAGGUUCUACGCUGCGGGUGCAAAGCCGGAUGGGAUAGGGGCAGGACGGAGAGCCAGUAUUGAGAGUACGGGUACAAGCGGUGAGGGUAAAGUAGGAGGGGUGACGGAAGCGAUGGACGUCUUCAGCGCAGGAUGUGUUGUGGCGGAGCUGUUCAGGGAAGGCGCGCCAUUGUUCACUCUGAGCCAGUUGUUCAAGUAUCGGGAGGGUGAAUAUAGUGUGGAGGGUCCUCUGUCGGUGAUUGACGACCCCGCCAUCCAGAAUCUCAUCACAGAGAUGAUAUCUCUCGACCCGACCAAACGACCCUCCUUCGAGGCACUAUUGCACAACGCACGCGGAACUAUCUUCCCCGAAUCCUUCUACUCCUUCCUCCACAGCUAUAUCGCCUCCAAUAACGAACUCCCUUCUUCAUCCCCGUUCUCCGGCCCUCCGUCCUCCACGCCGGCCUCAGUACCUCUCACUCCUACGGUUUCAACCACUUCUAACACUACCAUCAAAGCAAGCGGAGCAGCCACACCAGUACAUGCUCCUUCCGGACCUGGGACGGCGAAUGGGAACGGAGGUCCAUUGCCGAGCGAUGCUGACCAUAGGAUUGAGAGAUUAUGGGAGGAUUAUGAGAGUGUGGAACCCUAUGUGGUUCAAGAGCGGGAGGAAGGAGAUGAAGAGUCUGGAGCAGGAGAGUACUCCGGUUCGGCGAGGCCGUAUCAGGAUAUUUUUCCGGCGGAACUGUACAUUCCAAAUCGCGAGUCGAAACUACUUGGUCAUUUUGCAUCACGAAGGCGAGCCGCGACGGAAGAUGGACCUGCCCUGAUCAUAUUGUCGCUUGUAUGCGCGAACGUACGGAAUUGUUCUCAACCAUCCAGCAAACUUCGUGCACUGGACGUCUUCCUCGCUCUUGUCGUUCAUCUAACGGAUGAGGCGAAGUUGGAUCGCAUGAUACCGUACAUCGUCGACCUUCUUCACGAUGAAGCUGCAUCCGUACGAGCAGCUGCCCUGCGGACGCUCAUGCAAGUCCUCAUGCUCGUCACCGUCAUCACGCCCUCCAAUGCCACCAUCUUUCCAGAGUACAUCAUACCGAACAUACAGACACUGGUCCAAGAUGUCGAGGUGUCGGUCAGAUGCAUGUAUGCACAAUGCAUAGUACCUCUAGCAGAGACCGCAGUUCGGUAUCUAGAGAUGGGCCAGGCGCUGAAGGCACAUGGAGCAUUCAAGCUUGCCGCCGAACCUGUCGAGUACGAUGAAGCGCACUUCGAAUUAUCGUACGAUGCAGCUCUCCAAGACCUUCAAAACUCCAUCCAAGACCAGCUCGCCACACUCCUCGUCGAUCCAUCCAGUGUGGUCAAGCGCGCGGUCCUCCACGAUAUCUCCGCUUUGUGCAUCUUCCUCGGUCGACAACGGACAAACGAUGUUCUUCUUAGUCAUAUGAUCACAUAUUUGAACGAUAGGGAGUGGCUUUUGAGGCACGCGUUCUUUGAUGCAAUUGUGGAUGUGGCGGCGUGUGCGGGUGGGAGGAGCCUGGAGGAAUACAUUUUGCCGUUGAUGAUCCAGGCAUUGUCUGACGUGGAAGAGAGCGUGGUGGCACGGGUGUUGGGUGCCCUGACGAGUUUGUGCGAGCUGGGUCUGUUCCAGAAGAUGCGGAUAUGGGAACUCAUGAGUGCCACGCUUGGCUUCCUCUAUCAUCCCAAUGCGUGGAUUCGUCAAGGUGCUGCCGCGUUCAUAGGGUCUGCCGCAAAUCAUCUACCACAGAGUGAUGUGUGGUGCAUCUUGUAUCCUUCUUUAAGACAUUAUCUUCGAUCAGACAUCCGUGUAGUCGACGAGAUGAGCUUGCUCUCUGCAUUGAAGCCUCCGUUAUCUCGACAAGUUUUCGAUGCAGCUGUUCAGUGGGCGAUGAAAGCCGACUCGAAAACCUUGUUUUGGAGAAGCCAUCGGAGAGCCGCAGCGGCGAAGAGCGAUUCGCCACAAGACAGCGUUGCUGCUGUCCGGAAGAUGGGAAACGCAGCUGGAAUUUCGAAGCAUCAAUCCGAAGAGGAUGACGCACAGCUGCAGAAACUACGGCAGUUGGGCAUGACGAGCAGCGAAGAGGCGAAAUUGAUGGCUAUGCGAGACUACAUCAUGAAGCUCGCUAAUGCUAUCUCAAGCUUCGCCACACGGCUACGACCCGAGGAUGAUGCGGAGCCGCUAAAGACUAUCAGCGACGUUGAACUCCAGAAGCUGAAGGUCGUGCCACAGACGGUAUUCCUGAAGACUCGCGCAUCUGAACUUUCCUCGCGUGCAGCGAGAACAGCAUCGGCUAGAAGGGCGACUUUUGACUUGACUCGUUCCCCCAUUCUGGACACCCCGAGACUUUCUCGCCCACCGAGCAUUGACUUUGGUCCGAGUGGCGCUCCAUUCGAAGACCUCCGUCGUCGUCUCAGUGCCAUCAAUGGGUCCGCCACAUCAUUACCCACUAACAAUCGCAUCGAACCGCAUCGUAUACCCUCCGCUACAUCCGCUAUUACCAGCCCACUCGCAUUACCCUCAAUACCUGUAGGCCCCGCACUCACCGAUCUUCCACCCGUCUUCGAUAGACCUGGUAGUCCGACUGAAUCAGUGUUGUCGAACACAAACUCUGCGGCCGCGUUCCGCGGAGGCAUGCAUAGGUUGCACGUUGGGAGUACGGAUGGUCAGAAAGCUGCGCCAGCUGUUGGGUCUUCGAGGGCGAAUGCGACGGGUCUUUUGGAGCCGUUGUCGAAGUUGAGGUCUGAGGGGUCACCGGAGAGGUCGGGGAGGACGUCGCCUGUUUCCGCUGCGGGGACUGUACGUGGGCAGACUCGACAUCGCUUGGCACCGUUGGUUCCGAUUUCUACCUAUGAUGGACAAGAACCUGGAAUCAGCAACCUACUGGAGCAUAUGUACUUGGACAGUAAUCGCGACUAUCAGGACGAUUUUGGUCCCAAAGUCCACGAGGGUCCUGUACGUCGACGAAAUGCUGUUCGCCACAGCUUCGCUCCUCGAGACGGAACAGCUCGCAAACCAGAAGCCACGCUCAUUGCACAUCUCGUUGCUCAUUCCGAAUCAGUUACCGGUCUCGCCGUCUCGCCGGACCAUAUGUUCUUCAUGUCGUGUUCAGACGACAAGACCGUUAAAGUUUGGGAUACGGCGCGGUUAGAACGGAACGUGACGAGCAAACCACGACAUUCCUAUACGCAGCACCAUUCGAAGGUGAAGUGUGUAUGUGUGCUGGAAGGUGUGCAUUGUUUUGCGAGUGCGGCGGAGGAUGGCAGUGUUCAUGUCGUGAGGGUACAUGUCAGUCAGUCAGGAGCGUUGCCGAAGUAUGGGAAGCUGCAAACUGUGAGGGAGCAUAGAUUGGAUAGACCCGGGGAGUAUGUCACUUGUAUGGCACACUACAACACUGAAUCGUCCUCCAAUCUUGUCUACGCCACCACACAUUCCUCUGUGUCUAUCCUCGAUCUUCGAACGAUGCGGAUACUCUUGAGUAUGGACCAGCCGAAUCACUAUGGACCUAUGACGACGCUAUGUUUGGAUCGGAAACGGGCAUGGUUAGUCACGGGCACCGCGUCUGGCAUGUUAACGCUCUGGGACCUUCGUUUUGGGCUACUAUUGAAGACAUGGAAAACUGCGGCUGCGACUACCAACGGCUCAGCUCGGAUACAUCAAUGUGUCGUGCAUCCAACACGGGGAAAGGGACGUUGGAUAAUGGUAGCUGUCGAUGCACCGAGGGCCACGUCCGAGAGUGCUGCGACCUCGCUUGUAGAAGUAUGGGACAUCGAGACAACAUCACUUGUGGAGGCCUAUGGAACGCGUGUCGUUUCACAAACGUCCACGCCUCUUGACGAACCACUAGAUAUCUCUGCCGGUAACGCAGAACCCAGUCCGGCAUCCGCUAUCGCUGCACUUGUCAAAGCACGACAACCAGGCCUGGGUGCUCCGUCGAACUCGCGCCGAGCGUCAUCCGAGAGUACUGCGCGGGAGUCCAUGCUGAGUGGGCCUUCUCCUGCUAUCCGGGCGGUCUUUGUCGGUCAUGAGUUCGGUGGGCAUUCGACGGUGCACAGGGCCACGCAGAUGGGAGCGGAUGGGCAGUUGGCUACCGGUGCGAGAGGCUUUAUGAUUAGUGGGUCGGAGGAUCGAAGAUUGCGGCUUUGGGAUUUAGGGAAAGUAGAACGGACUGCGGUUCUGAGUGGUCUGGAGACGGAGAGCGACAGACCAACAUAUGGCACAACACAUUCGUCGAACGGAUCGGUGACGGCUUAUGUCGAGACCUGGCUCCAUCCCGCACAAUUGAGCAGCCACAAUAACCGACCACCACAACGGAUGUCCUUGAUCAAUAAUAGCCAGCAGAACCUAAACAAAGGGCAUCAGGACACGAUUGCUGCUUUGGCAUGUAUCGAUUCGCCUUUUAGAGGGGGGAUUGUGAGUGGUGACCGGGCGGGGGUGAUCAAGGUGUGGAGAGUGGACAAUGCAGAUGCUUGAUCAUUUUUGUUUUCGAUGUGGCCUUCCUUACCUUGUUCACACUAGACUGGGACUGUAAUAUAUACAUUGCCUUUGUUUCUUCCUUUCGG